CACCGCGCCGCCGGGCCCAACCCGCCGCUGCUCUGCCGCUAGCUGGAGGGGAGGCCCCAAGCACACGUUUCCCUUGUAGACCCCCAGCGCCAGUGGGAGGAGGAACGGCUCAUCCAUCCAACCAGAGCCUGUCGGCCUGCUGCGUGCUUCCCCCCCCCCGAGAUGUAAGUCUCCCACAAAGGAACUGAAGUUCAAAUAAGGCUGCUUCAGCCUUGCAAAAAAUGAUGGACUCACGAUUUUAAAACCAGAAUGCUGAGUUCUCUCCUACCGAAAGGAAGCCUGUGUCUCAGCAGUAACACUGUACAGACACAUGGCCAAGUUGUGAAAAAUCUUUAAAAAAAAAAAACAGAAAAAAGAAAGGGAAUAUUUUUGUAGAACACCUAGAUAUUUGCUUAUUUAAAUUCAGAGCAGCAUACAAAGCUAUUCAGCUACAGACUUCAGGCUGCAGUCAUUGAAGAGUUAUGUAUAUGAUACCAACAGCCAAGUGAGAUGUCACAGCUCUUGCGGACGAGCGGUUCUGAUAAGCUUUGAUGAAAGCACGCUAAGGACGGAAGAAAGACGACGAAGGAAGCAGGAUUUUAUGAAGUUCUUUGCAGAAGAAUAUCUGACCAGAAAUCGAAGAUCAUGAUGACAACAGGAUUCAUCUGUUUAAUGCUUAUAGCUGCUGUAGGAACUGCUGCAAGCAAAACACAGGAAUUUGAAGGCAAUGAUGAGGAAAGAGAACAAGAAUUCAUUUAUAUGAACAGAUACAAGCGUUCCAGUGACCCGCAGGACAAAUGCACUUACACCUUUAUUGUACCUCAACAGAGAGUGACAGGUGCCAUUUGUGUUAAUUCUAAGGAACCUGAGGUUCUAUUUGAAAACAGGGUAAAUAAACAAGAAUUACAGUUACUUAACAAUGAACUCCUUAAACAAAAGAGACAAAUAGAAACUCUCCAGCAACUGGUAGAGGUAGAUGGUGGAAUUGUUAAUGAGGUCAAGCUCUUAAGAAAAGAGAGCAGAAAUAUGAACUCUCGUGUCACACAACUCUAUAUGCAGUUAUUACAUGAAAUUAUCCGAAAACGGGACAAUGCCUUGGAACUUUCCCAACUUGAGAAUAAGAUUUUGAAUCAAACUGCAGACAUGCUGCAGCUUGCAAACAAAUACAAAGACUUAGAGUACAAGUAUCAACAUUUGAUGUCAAUUGCAAAUAAUCAGUCAAUAAUAAUUACUCAGCUAGAAGAAUACUGUCAAAGAAUUCCAUCCAUAAAGCCUCUGCCACAAACUCCACAACCACCAAGCAAAGCGUACCAGCCUCCUACUUACAAUCGCAUGAUUAACCAGAUAUCUACUAAUGAGAUUCAGAGUGAUCAGAACUUAAAGGUUCUGCCACCUACUUUACCAACCAUGCCUGCAGUUACUAGUAUUCCCACUUCAACUGAUAAACCAUCUGGACCCUGGAGAGAUUGUCUACAAGCAUUAGAAGAUGGUCAUGAUACAAGCUCCAUUUAUCUUGUAAAACCAGAAAACACAAACCGACUUAUGCAGGUCUGGUGUGAUCAGCGGCAUGACCCUGGUGGCUGGACAGUCAUUCAAAGACGGCUGGAUGGUUCUGUCAACUUUUUCAGAAACUGGGAGACAUACAAGCAAGGAUUUGGUAAUAUAGAUGGAGAAUAUUGGCUCGGCUUAGAAAAUAUUUAUUGGUUAACAAAUCAAGGCAACUACAAACUGCUCAUAACAAUGGAAGACUGGUCAGGUCGAAAAGUAUUUGCUGAGUAUGCUAGCUUCAGACUGGAGCCAGAAAGUGAGUAUUACAAGUUGAGAUUGGGACGCUACAAUGGCAAUGCAGGAGAUUCUUUCACUUGGCACAAUGGUAAACAGUUCACCACGUUGGACCGAGACCACGAUGUAUACACAGGUAAUUGUGCUCAUUACCAAAAGGGAGGAUGGUGGUACAAUGCAUGUGCGCAUUCAAAUCUUAAUGGAGUUUGGUAUCGUGGUGGACACUACCGCAGUCGAUAUCAGGAUGGUGUUUACUGGGCUGAAUUCCGGGGGGGAUCAUACUCACUAAAGAAAGUUGUUAUGAUGAUAAGACCUAACCCCAACACAUUCCACUGAAAUAAUUCUUCUCUUGGCUAGCUUUCUUGUUCUGUUUUAAAAAACAUGUAAAGGUAUACUUUUAUUACCUGGAAUUAUCUUUUCAGAAAUAAGGAAUGUAAGAUAUUGUACAUUUAUUGCUAAGAUGUGAGGGCUUGUAUAUUGUGUUUUCAAGAAUCAUUCCAGGAAAAUAAAAGCUGAAGAAAAAAGGAAGUGACAUAGCAUUCAGAGCACCUCUUCAUAUUAAAAGCUGUUAUAUUAAGCCUUUUAGAAUUGACAUUUGAGAUGGACUGUAGAUAAAUUUUCUGUUUCUUACUCCCUGUAAAUUAAAUUUGGAUGGUAAAAAUACUGCCACAACAUUGAAAUAUUUUUGAAUGUUAUAUUUUGUAUAAAUAUUCUCAAUUUACAAACUGUACAGCAAGAGUUUUAUUAUUAUUAUGAGGAAUUACUUGACACAGGAAAUCAUAUCCUUUGAACUAUGUAGCUGGUAUAUGUACAGUAGUCUGAUUAUUCUAAUUUAAUCUUUGUUAAUUUACAUGAAUAAAAUUAGUACCACAUAACUUGAAUUUGUGAGCAGAUAUUCAAAUCAUUACUGUUGUGAUAAAUCCAGUCUUUCCCCUUCACUUAAAGCAUUUUAAUAAUCUGCUCCUACAGAUCAGAAUUCACAUUUGAUUCAAGUAUUUUAGAUGAAAAACUUCAACAAUUUUUCUUACCAAAAUGAAGUAGCUGCACAAGGAAACUAAUCCAGAUUUACUAUGGAUAUAACAUGCUGUAUAGCCAAUGUGUUAUACUAUGCUAUGCAACUGUGACAAUAUUUUACACCUGACUUCAGUCAUUACCUGCUGUAUAAGCUCCAUAAUCAGAAGUGGCUGGGUAUAAAUUAAAGGGACUAUCCAACUUUGCAGGCAAAUGAUGGAUACCAAUAUAUAAGCUAUUUAAUAUUUUUAGCCAGUAGAUAAAAGUUAUAUAAAGAAGUUACGUGUAGCCAAGACCAGUUAUUUACCAUAUUUCACAAUUAUAUUGAUGUCAAAUUAUUACACAGAUUUACUCAUCUAUAUUUAGAGUUCAGCCACAACUAUAACAUACGGACUGGUAUAAUUCCAAUAUUCUUCUGUGGUAGGUUUCUAAAAGAUUAUUAUAACACCCCUUUCAAAACAGAAACCACCAUGAAAAAUGUAAGUAAGUUAAGGAAUGCAUGUAAGAGGGAAAGCAAAAGCCCUUGGAAAUUCAAUAUAUGUCUUAGUAAGCCUGCAAGACACUAAGUGUGUUUGUUUGCACAUCUUUUCCCUCAUUACCUCAUCACUUCUUUACAAAGAUAUGAUGUGCAUUAAACUGAUGUGUGAAGUAGCAUAUGUUGUAUAUAAAUGAAAGUAUGGUUUUUAAUGAGUAAGAUUACCCCUGUAAUAUUGGAAUCCUUUAAUAAAGCAACAAAUGUUAUUUUGACUGCUCA